ACAACUAUGCUUUAUCACCAACCGAUAUAUCGGUGUACGGUUUUUGCCAGCCACUAACUAUCAAGACACAGUAUUACCAUAACCGUACAAGACUUCGUUGAAUUUAGCUAAGGGAAGACCGGGUAAGCUUGGUAGGAUCCCAGCUGAGUGUGGGACUGGAUGGUGAGGCACAUGUCCCUGCUGUCAUGAGCUGAUGUUAGUCAGCCUGCACAGUUUCUCUGCACCAGCAGCACUCCUGAAGGCUGCAGCAGGAUCUCCGCACCAGCAGCCUUCUCACACUCUCACAGCCCGGAGAAUGGAGAGAGCCAAUCACAUCAACAUUGCAAUGAUAGAAGAUAUCGGCACCAACGGGACAACCGGGUCAAAGGUCGUCACAGCCAUGGACCAGAACAAGCAGCCGUGUGGCUCCACUGUGAGCUUCCAUAACAUCCAAUACAAAGUGCAGCUAAAGAGCGGCUUCCUCUGCAAACGGAAAACCAGUCCCAAGGACAUACUCGUUGACCUCAAUGGAAUUAUGAGACCGGGUCUCAACGCAAUUCUUGGACCUACUGGGAGUGGAAAAUCUUCAUUUUUGGACAUUCUGGCUGCAAGAAAGGAUCCAUCGGGUCUCUCAGGGGAAGUACUCAUUGACAAAGCACCACAGCCUCCAAAUUUCAAGUGCCUCUCUGGCUAUGUGGUUCAGGAAGAUGUGGUCAUGGGCACCCUGACGGUGAGGGAGAAUCUGCGUUUUUCUGCAGCACUGCGGCUGCCCAGCUCUGUGCCUCAGAGUGAGAAGGAGGCUCGAGUCAACCACCUCAUUAAAGAACUGGGUCUCACCAAGGUGGCUGACUCCAAGGUGGGCACACAGAUGACUCGGGGAAUCUCUGGAGGAGAGAGGAAGAGGACAAACAUUGGCAUGGAGCUGAUUAUUGAUCCUUCAGUUCUCUUUCUGGAUGAACCGACCACAGGACUGGACGCCAGCACGGCUAACUCUGUCCUGCUGUUGUUGAAAAGGAUGGCCAGUCAUGGAAGAACAAUAAUCAUGUCCAUCCACCAACCACGAUACUCCAUCUACAGACUGUUUGACACUCUGACUCUGCUGGUGGGUGGUAAAAUGGUGUACCACGGACCAGCGCCAAACGCUUUGGACUACUUCGCCAACAUUGGCUUUCCCUGUGAGCCCCACAACAACCCAGCAGACUUCUUUCUGGAUGUUAUUAAUGGAGACUCCACGGCUACUACCAUGACCAAAGUGCAUUGCUCAGAAGAUUUGGACUUCGAGGAUUUCAGUGGCUCCAGGCAGAGCAUCGAGGAGCGCCUGGUGGAGGAAUACAAGAACAGCAGCUACUCCAGCGACACGAGAGCUGAGCUGGACCGCAUCGUCCAGGAUAAGAAGUGUAUCUCAUGUUCAAAGUCCCGCACCAUCACCUACAACAGCUCCUUCUUCCACCAGCUACGUUGGGUUCUUAAGAGAACCUUUCAGAACCUCAUGCUGAACCCUCAAACAUCUGUGGCCCAGCUGGGAGUCCACAUUUUCCUUGCCCUCAUCGUAGGCGCCAUUUUCUUCGGGGUCAAAGACGAUCAGAGUGGUAUCCAGAACAGCAACCUUAGGAAAAAUUAG